UACGCUGCAGCAGUGUUUACUUAAAGUAUUUUAAGUUUACUCGUGACUUGAAUUUCAUUACGAAAAAUUUCCCCUUAUUACGAUGAAGGUGGUUGAUCGGAAUAUAGGCCUAGUACUUUAAGUAGUAUCAUGUGUUUCCGCAUCACGAGUUCAGCAAUCGUUGGUUUAGUUUAAUUUUAUUCUUGAUAAAUGCAUCGAUCGAUCCAUGACCGCGCGUGAGUACGUACAUGACGUACGGCGAUCGAGUGAGUGAACGGUGACUGCAGUUUGUUGUGCAUUGACAAUGUGAUAAUCCUUGAUCUUGAUUGAUAGCUGAUAUUGAUAAGCUCCGACGUACAGGAACAUCACUCAGCUUGGAAGGGGUGGACAUGCUUCGAUCCGUAUCGAAGCAAGUAAACAACUGAGUACAGAUUCUUCUGACGUGCAGUUCCAACCGUGAGUGAUAAUGAAAUCAGAGGGUAUUCAGUCUCCGGAUACAACAAUGAUUACUGAAAGCGAUCCACUCAUACCUGUGGAACAGAACUCGGCAGGACCACAGAAAGGUCCCAACCCAGUCGUCUCUGGCAGUGGUAGUGUCAUUGAUACCCUGCUGACUACUCCAGCAACCGCCAUCAGUCACAAGAAGAACUUGAUCGUUCUGAGUCUGGCAUUCUUGUUCAACUUCACCGCGUACAGCGCCUUACAGAAUCUUCAAAGCAGUCUGCAUGCGACAGCCGGCGUGGCUUCCCUAGCAGUCAUCUACGGUGGAAUCAUCAUCUCGAGUCUCUUAGCGCCAGCCUUGAUUCGAGCCGUCGGUACCAAAUGGGCUAUCGCUCUAUGCACCUUGUGUUACACCGUCUACACGGCUAGUAAUUACUACCCGCGAGAUUACACCUUGAUUCCAGCUGGUUUGAUUUUAGGUUUAGCGGCAGCCCCGCUGUGGAUAUCGCAAGGAACCUAUCUCACUACCACAGCUAUAAGUUAUGCCGACAUCAAGAACAAAGUUCCAGAAGAAGUCAUCAAUCAGUUUAAUGGCGUCUUCUUCUUCUUCUUCCAAGCGAGUCAAAUCACAGGGAAUCUUGUCGCUUCGUUGGUCCUGUACCCUGACACUAACAUGACUAGUUUCAUCAAUGUCAGUCAAUGUGGUAUACAUGAGUGUGGAUCUGGUGGUAGUGAUAACAAGUCUGGUGAAGGGCACAGUGGUUCCAACAUCGCAGCAGGAACAACAACAACGCUAAUCUCUGUAUACUUGGCAUGCGGGUUGCUGAGUAUGCUUAUCACUUGCCUGUUUCUGAGCAAGCUUCACGUUUCUGAUGCCGGCAUUAUCGAGAGCGUCAAAAGCAAUUUGGUGGCUACACUGCGUCUGCUGAUGAAUCCGUACAUACUCAUGCUUGUGCCUUUAUUCAUGUAUAGUGGAAUGGAACAAGCAUUUUUCUUUGGAGAUUUCACUAAGGCUUUCAUUACCUGCACCAAUGGCAUUCACUACGUCGGUUUCAUCAUGAUGGUCUUCGGUGUCAGUGAUGCAAUCUGCUCAUUCCUCUUGGGCCGUCUGGAGAAAUACUCGGGUCGUAUCACCAUCUUCACGGCUGGUGGAUUGGCUCACAUGAUCAUCAUAUUCAUGCUGAUGUUUGUUUGGAGUCCAGACAGCGAUGCGCCUGAGUUAUGGGAUCGGUUCCUCAUGGCGGCAUUUUGGGGAUUCGGUGAUGCAGUAUGGCAGACGCAGAUAGCAUCCAUUUUAGGCGUCAUCUUCCCAGAGAACCAAGAGCCAGCAUUUUCCAAUUACCGUCUCUUCCAAGCUGUUGGCUUCUGUAUCUACUUCGGUUUAUCCACUGCUGCUGCUGUCUGUGUCAUCCAUAAGCUUAUUACAAUCGCAGUUCUUCUUUUCGUUGGACUUGUCCUGUACUACACAGUUGAAUGGAAAAUACGCAGGGCCAUUUCGUACUAAAUAUCACAAAUGCUGCUUUUUUGCAAAGAUUUCAUUUGCAUGUUUUGUUUUACCGAAAUAUUCAUUGAAAUAUUAUUGAAAUUGUUGUAAUAGCAAAACGUAUUACAAAUAGGAGAGACAUAGCGUUAAUUUUUAUUUAGUCUUUUGCUAAGUCAGGAUAUUUGUAUAUCAUGCUCUUUUCAAGUUGUCUAUUUGUAUACACUUUUUGUACCCAGAAUAAACGUUGUGAAAUAUUUUUUUUACAAAAAUGCUAGUACAGCAAAAUUUGUUUGAACAUAUGGUUGAAUGCUCCAGCAUAUAAUGCUACUAUUUAAUUUUUGCUAUCUGCUUCAGGAAAUUGCAAGCUUUGUUUGAGGAAGAAAGGAAAUUGAAUUUAUUUGAAGGUACAUGUACAGUAUUAACAGUACCUAAUGGUCAGCAGCCUUGAAAAAAAUUAUAGUACCAGUUUAUUACUUAUAUGGAAUAUUAAUUUGUUUAUGUGAAAUCUAAAUAAUCAAUUUCUUGCAGCAUACAUAUUAAAAAGAAAACAACCAAAUCUGUAAAGACGACAGAAUUUUCUUCCUCAGAAAAUUCAGAAUUUUUUGGAUGGAACUUUACUUUUUAAAAACCUAAUUAAAUACAGUAGGUCUAACACAC